AUGGCGCCGACGCUGGUUUCAUUUCACGAUCGAAUUCAUGAGCUGCCCGACUUUGACGACAUACCCAUUCAAGAAGGCGUACCCCCUUCGGCAAUCUGGGGCUUAUGGGAUCAGAAUGGUCAGAAGGAUGAACUGGGAAGCCUGAACCUCCUGACACCUGCGGUCGUCGGUGAAGCGGCCAAGGAGGUUCGUGCAGGCGUGUCGGUGUCAUUGAAUCUAGCUCUCAAUCAGCCCUCUGUGGCAGUGUUUCGACGUCAGGCUCUCAGCCACACGAUUAGGGACAACAGCACUUUCAGCUCAUCCCAAAGCUUUGACGACACGGUGCUCUUCAACACUCAGUCUGGAUCCCAGUGGGAUGGACUUCGUCACAUUGUUCAUCCAAAUGGUCUGCUCUAUAAUGGUGUGACAAAGCAUGAGAUUGUGGGCCCUGAAUCCACCAUGAGGCUCGGGAUACACAGAUGGCACGAUAGAGGCUGCAUCACUGGCCGAGGCGUAUUGAUUGAUUUGGUGAAGUACUCCCAACGCCACGAUAUCACAUACGACCCAACGAGAUUCUUUGCCUUUACUGGUCGAGAUCUGCAGACUGCAGCUUUUGAGCAGGGCGUCACUUUCAAGCAAGGUGAUAUAUUGACUGUGAGAACAGGGUUCCUUAAGUGGUAUUACGAAUGCAGCGACCCAGCUGAGAGAACCUCCUGGUUUCUGGAUUCCGCACGAGAGUCAGUGGGAAUAUCUGCAGACCGAGAAACAAUCGCCUGGGUAUGGAAUCAUCAUUUCUCUGCAGUCGCUGGGGACAAUUUGGCGUGGGAAGCCAUGCCUAUGCCCGAUAAAAGCCCCUCAUUUCACGAGUACCUAAUACCCUCGUGGGGAACUCCUAUUGGUGAACUCUGGGAUCUAGAGGAACUAUCCAGCCGAUGCGAAGAGCUCGGAAAGUAUUCAUUCAUGCUAGUCAGCGUGCCCUUGAAUGUGCCUGGAGGAGUGGCAUCACCACCAAAUGUGGUGGCUAUUCUCUGA